AUGGCCGGAAACUUUGAGGAGGUCGCCAAGCAGUUUGUUGAGUACUACUACAACACCUUUGACUCUGAUCGCAAGGGCCUCAAUGCUCUCUACCGACCUAACUCCAUGCUCACAUUUGAGUCUGCUUCUGUCCUCGGUGCCGAGGCCAUUGCUGAGAAGCUUGUCAGCCUCCCCUUCCAGCAGGUCAAGCACAAGGUCGCCACCCUCGACGCACAGCCCUCCAACGACCAGGGUGGAGUGAUUAUCCUCAUCACUGGUGCUCUUCUUAUCGACGAGGAGCAGAACCCCAUGAACUUCUCCCAAACCUUCCAGCUUCAACGCGACCAAGCUGGCAACUACUACGUCUACAACGAUCUUUUCAAGCUUGUUUUCGGUUAA